AUGGAAAUGAAGUGUUCGAGCUGGAUUUUGAUCCUCCUCGUUUGUAACCUUACCGUCUCGACGAUUUCUGCUUUCCGUCUGAGUCGAAGUCAACCAACCGAACGAAUUUCAGGCAGUGCUGGUGAUGUGUUGGAAGAUGAUCCCGUGGGAAGACUGAAAGUCUUUGUUUACGAGCUUCCAAGCAAAUACAACAAGAAGAUACUUCAAAAGGAUCCAAGAUGUCUCACCCACAUGUUUGCAGCGGAGAUCUAUAUGCAGCGGUUUCUCUUGUCAAGUCCAGUUCGUACACUUAACCCGGAGGAAGCUGAUUGGUUCUACGUCCCUGUGUACACCACUUGUGAUCUCACUCCAAACGGGCUUCCUCUGCCCUUUAAAUCUCCGAGAAUGAUGAGAAGUGCCAUUCAGCUCAUUGCUUCCAACUGGCCGUACUGGAAUCGCACAGAGGGAGCUGACCACUUCUUUGUUGUGCCUCAUGACUUUGGAGCCUGCUUCCAUUAUCAAGAAGAGAAGGCAAUAGGAAGAGGAAUACUAACCCUGCUUCAACGUGCUACACUGGUGCAGACAUUUGGACAGAGGAAUCAUGUUUGCUUAAAAGAGGGUUCGAUCACUGUGCCUCCGUAUGCUCCACCGCAGAAGAUGCAGUCACACUUGAUUCCCGAGAAAACUCCUCGGUCCAUCUUCGUUUAUUUCAGAGGAUUGUUUUACGACGUGGGAAAUGACCCUGAGGGUGGUUACUAUGCGAGGGGCGCAAGAGCAGCUGUAUGGGAAAACUUCAAGGACAAUCCAUUGUUCGACAUCUCCACAGAGCACCCAACAACAUAUUACGAGGACAUGCAGAGAGCAAUCUUCUGCUUAUGUCCACUUGGAUGGGCUCCAUGGAGUCCAAGACUGGUUGAAGCCGUGAUCUUCGGUUGCAUCCCUGUGAUCAUAGCAGACGACAUCGUGCUACCUUUUGCGGAUGCGAUCCCUUGGGAAGAUAUUGGUGUGUUUGUGGAUGAGAAGGAUGUUCCUUACCUGGACACUAUACUCACAUCGAUCCCACCGGAGGUUAUACUGAGGAAACAGAGGUUGUUGGCAAACCCGUCGAUGAAACAGGCGAUGCUGUUUCCGCAACCGGCUCAACCAGGGGAUGCGUUUCAUCAAGUGUUGAAUGGGUUGGCUCGUAAGCUGCCACAUGAGAGGAAUGUGUAUCUGAGACCUGGUGAGAAGCUGUUGAACUGGACGGCAGGACCGGUCGCUGAUCUGAAACCUUGGUGA